AUUAUGGGCAAAAAGGACAAGAAAGAUAAGAAGGAUAAGAAGGACAAGAAGGAAAAGAAGGAGAAGGAAGAAGGCGGUGAGAAGAAGGAUAGGAAAGAGAAGAAGGACAAGAAGGAUAAGAAAGAAAAGAAAGAGAAAAAGGAGAAGAGAGAUAAAGAUGAUAAGAAGGAGAAAAAGGAGAAAAAGGAAGAGGAGAAAGAAGAGAAGGGCAAAGAGAAGGAAAUGAAGAAGUCAAAGAGUAAGAAUGAGGAUUUGGAGGAGGAUAUGAAGGGAGAGUCGAUCAUUUCACCAAAGAAAACUAAUGGAGGAAAUAAAAAGACUGUCUCAUUUGCAGAUGAAGCGAGGGCAAAUAGCUCACAAGUUGAUUUUGACUCUUUAUUCGAGUCCACAUUAUCAGAUAAAAAUUUAAGGCAAAUGAUCAAGGAUAAAAUAGACCACAAAUCAGAGCAUUAUAAGCAAAGAAUCUUAAAGGAGGAUGGCUUUUUUAAUCCACCUCCAGAGGAGGUAGACCUCUCACAUCUUAUCAAGAAGUGGAAGUCGCAGCUAAACAAAACGUUUUUAAAGGAGACUUUGAAUCUAAUCCACGUGAAGGAAACUAAACUUAUUAAAAGAGAUUAUGAAAGUGGAAUAAAAUAUAUUAAUGAAAACUCUAACAUGCUAGGAUCUUCAGAUGGCUUCCAAAAUGUCGGAAAGAAGCUAGGACUCAACCAAAACGGCUUCUAUGUGUCCAGGAGUGAAGUAAAACUCAUUCCUGAUUUCUACUGUUCGAAAGACAACCCAAGUAAAUCAUACACUUUCAGGAAAGAGGAAAGAGAGAAGGAGGAUGGAGACGCUAUGCUCAAUGUGGAGAAAACCUUUCAGAAGGUCAAGGACAUUCAGUCCCAAAGAGACCAGAAAAUAGAGGUUAUGAAGGAAAAAGCUAAGAAUAAAGAGCUUAAGCUGAAAAAGCUUGAAGAAAUAGCUCAUCAGAAGUACGAUACUCUAAAAGAGAAAAGAAAUAAAUCUAUUGAGAUGAAAAAGGAGGAGGCUAAAGAGCGUGCUAAACUAAGAUCCUUACGCGAGAAGGAGCUUAGACAAGUCCUUAAGAGAAAACCUAGAUAUGAGGAGAUAAAUGAGAAGUAUCAUUCUACUAUUGAAAUGAACACUCUUGAGCGGAAGAAGCAAACCCUCGCAAGUAUUCGAAACCUUCAUCAACCUCUUGACUUCAAAAAGAUUGAAGAAGAACAACUGAUGAAGGAGGCCCAAGUUAAAGAUAGAAAUAUAGAGUUCAAACUUAAGCUAGCAGAGAGACUUAGAAAAUAAUGAAGAAGAAUAUGAUGCAGGAAGAUACACUAAUCGAGCUUAUGAGAGAGUACUAGAGGAAGAAAUGGAAAGAGAAGAAGCUGAGGUUGAAAAAGAAGAAAAUAGGAGAGCUUAUCACUCCAAAAUAAAAUCUUACUCAGAUUCUAUAAAGAACAAAUUUGGGCCAAAGAUAUCGAGGAAAAAACAAGAAGAAAUUAAAAUCAGACGACAGUCCUUAGAGAUGCCUGCAAAGGAGAGGUAUCGUCCAAAAGCAUUGCUCUCUGAUACUGAGGAACGCAAGAAGAUCUAUAAGCAAAGAAUGAAGGUGUAUAAAUCACUUCCCCGGAAAAAGAACUUCACUCCUCAAAUCCCUCAACAUGAUAAAGGAAUUGACUAUUUGCAAGAGUUAAGGAAGGAUAAGCCAGGAGAUGUUAAGAAUAGCUUAAAUACCAUUCCAAAGAACUUAGUCGACUGGAAAUCAGAUAUUAAGCAAUCAAAACUAGACAACAAAGCUAGAGAGCAAAGAAUUCAGGAGAAAGCCAAUAUACUGAAGAAUGAAGCUCUGUACAAAGAGAUGUGAUUCAAUGUAAAAGAUCCUAAGCUAGACAAUCUUGAGAGCUUCAAUGAUCUCAUGUUCGAAUCCUUAGAGGCAAAGCUUAGCUUGUUAAAUGGGUACCAAGCUCCCCAGAUAAGUUCUGAAGACUAAUAAUUGCCUAUUUUUAUUCUAUUUAGUUAUC